AUGUCGGACGGUGGCGCAACACAGACCCAAAUCCAGACGCAAACUCAAACGGUCUCGUCGACUGGAGGAGGUCCUCAGCCAAGCCGCCGAGGCAGAUCGGGAAGAGGAAGAGCAGACGGAAGCAAUGGCCGUGGUGGGCGGCGAGGUGGUGGCAGGAAUGCCAACCCUCAGCCGCGGAACCAAGCUCAGCCAGCACUGGCUACUGAAGCCUCGGCAGAUAAUGCACCUGAAUCGGAACCUUCUAGCUCGGGGAGGAGAGAUCGCGGUCGGGGCGGUAGUCGGGGCGGUAGUCGGGGCGGUCGGCGAGGCGGUGCGGUCCGAGGUGGUACAGUAUCGGGAACUCAGCGAACUUUCGGCGGCAGCCUGACAACCGCUGCGGAUUCAAAUGUGCCAGAUGCACAGGGAUUGAGUGCAGAUGCCCCGGCUUUCGUUCCUGGGCAGCCCGUUGUCCACAGAGGCAAACAACCUGCCCCGAAGCAAAAGAAGCCUCAGUAUCCUUUAGCACCAAAGUCUGCAGCUGCAGACUUACCCACGCGUAUCCAUGAGGACAUCAGCAACGGCCAGUACGAGUGUGUCAUCUGCUCGAGUGAAGUCCUGCGGCCGUCUCGAGUGUGGUCCUGCGGGCUAUGCUGGACGGUGCUGCAUUUAUCUUGUGUUAAGAAGUGGUUCACGAGCCAGCUCAAGAAGGACGACGACACUCGCUCCUGGCGUUGUCCCGGCUGCAAUUCCAGCUUGACUGAGGAACCGAGUGCUUACCACUGCUGCUGUGAGAUUCCCGUGCAGGCAAGAUGCUAUUGCGGGAAAGAGCACAAGGAGAUUCCAUGCGAUCGCCGGGACGACCUUCAAAUGUCUUUCAAUUACGGCCAGGUUUCCAGCUCGGAUUCCGAGGAUGUUUCUCAAGACAGCUGGUUCGAUGGCUCAUUCGACUGCGAAGCGACCUGUGGGAGGAAAUACGACUGCGGUCUCCAUGAUUGUGAGAAGACUUGCCAUUCACAGGACGAGGUGCCGGCACACUGCCCUUUGGCUCCAGAUGUUGUCCUUCAUUGCCCCUGUGGCAAGACACCGUUGGAAGAGCUGCUCGGCCAACCGAGACAGUCUUGCGUGGACGAGAUUCCUCACUGCAAGAAGAUCUGCGACAAGACCCUCGUUUGCGGCCACCGGUGCCUCGACACAUGUCAUACCGGUCCAUGCAACUCAUGCUUCCAGAAGCAGGAUAUUUCUUGUCGAUGCCAGCGUACUGUGAGCAGGUCCCUGUGUCAUCAGGGAGAGAUCGCGACGCCGAUGUGUUUUAGGGUCUGCCAGGCUCAGCUGAACUGUGGGCGCCACAAGUGUGGCGAGCACUGUUGCCCAGGGGAGAAGAAGGCCAUCGAGAGACAGGCCGCCAGAAGGAAGCACAGGCAGCAGCAGGCCCCAGAUGAGGUUGAGGCGGAACACAUUUGCCUCCGUGUAUGCGGGAGGACACUGAAGUGUGGAACCCACCAGUGUUCGCAAAUUUGCCACGCUGGACCUUGCCCAAGCUGCCUCGAAGCCGUCUUUGAGGAGAUCAGCUGUGCCUGUGGCAGGACUGUCUUGCAACCUCCGCAGCCAUGCGGAACCAGGCCCCCUGAAUGCCGCUUCGACUGCCGGAGAGCACCACCUUGCGGUCAUCCUACGGUGAAGCAUAAUUGCCACCCCGACGAUGUUGAUUGUCCCAAGUGUCCGUUCUUGGUAGAGAAAGCAUGCAUCUGCGGCAAGCAGCGGAUGAAGAACCGGCCUUGCUGGCUGGAAGGGGUUCGCUGCGGUCUGCCUUGUGGCAAGAAGCUCAAGUGCGGAAAGGAGUGUCAUCGUCCCGGCGAAUGCGAGGAUGCUGACAUCUCCGGUUCCCAUUGCGCCCAGUCCUGUGGGAAGACGCGCAAAUCCUGCGAUCACUCGUGCCAGGCCUCGUGCCACGCCCCCUAUCCAUGCAAGGAAGAUCGGCCGUGCCAGAGCAAGACCUUCAUCACUUGUGACUGUCAACACCGUAAGAAGGAGGUGAAGUGCAUGGCUACCAAGACCAACCCGACUCCGGAUCGCGACACCCUGAAAUGCGACGACGAGUGCCUCCGUCUCCAGCGCAACCAGCGUCUCGCUGCCGCACUCAACGUCGACCCGGACCACAAUGACGACCACAUCCCCUACUCCGACACGACACUCAAGCUCUUCCGUGAGCUCUCUCACACGUGGGCCCAAAACCAGGAGCGCGAGUUCCGCGUUUUCGCAUCGGAGGCGUCGGAGAAGCGCCUGCGCUUCAAGCCCAUGCCCUCUUUCCAGCGUGCCUUCUUGCACGCCCUCGCUGAGGAUUUCGGCUUUGACUCGGAGAGCCAGGACCCUGAGCCGCACCGCCACGUCUCCAUCUUCAAGACGCCGCGCUUUGUCGCCGCGCCGAAGAAGACACUGGCGCAGUGCGUCAAGAUCCGCAACGACGCUGCCAAGUCCGCAGCUGCCGCGGCAUCAGCGUCUUCCUCGGCAGCGGCCGCAGCGUCGGCGCCGGAACCCUUCAACGCCCUACUCCUCUCGGCUCCGCGCUUCGGCCUGACCAUUGACGAGGUUGAAUCCGCCAUCGCCAACCACCUCAAGGCCUACAACACCCUUUCCUUCACCACCGCCUUCCUCCCCUCAGAGGAGAUCCUCGUCCGCGCAGUCCCUGUCACCUCAUGGGGCACUACCCCCUCGACCAUCGAAUCCUCCCUCGCGUCCCUGAAACCCCUCGUCGUGCGGACUGUAACCAAGGACGGUAUCGCCGCGGCCGCGAUCAUGGUCCACGCUGAUGCGAGCUUUAACGUCCUCCGCCGGGAGGGAACAUCGGCCAACGGUAGCAGCGGUGGAUGGAACGCCGUCGUCGGCCGCGCCGCGGCGCAGCGCAGGAUGUUGGCGCCCAAGCCCGCCAGCGACGCCCGUCCCGCCAGCGGCUUUGUCAGCUUCUCCAAGCUGGCGCGCAAGAAGGUCGUCGAGGACUCUGUCGCGGACGACUGGGAGGCUGCCGCUGAAAGCGACGAGUAA